GUCAAGGGCGUCGGAGUGCUGGGCUCACACCCUCUGCGGCGGGGGCUCUCCGCUGGCGCUGCGGGCUAUACUGUUCCUCAUCAACUAUUUCAGUUCCAAACCUUGGGGAUGGGAGAAUCUGGACCCAUUUGAAGAGGAAAUAAUGGAAUUUUCCUUGGGGAAUAGAAAACAAGAAGUUAUUUCAACUUCAAAGUAAAAUCUACAUAUUGGUGAUCUUAGACUAAAAAUCCUUUGACUGUACUGAGAAACUCAGGAGACAGUUUUUCCUUCCCUCUCAUUUGAAAGAACUUGAAGAAUGACUAAAAUGGCAGUGGUUUAAUGUUAAUAUUCAGGAUGAACGAUGAUAAUUCAGAUGGCAAGACAGAAAAUGAAUUACGAUCAUUAUUUGUCAGUGACAAAAAUGGGAAUGCAUAUCCGUACAACCAGAGAUUAUCAUCUGCACAAAAUUCUUCAUCUAAUAAUGUCAACCAGGAUUCUACCAACCUAGGUGGCAUGGUGGUUGAGUACGAAACCAACCCUGCUUCCAAGAGUGGUGAAAAUAUUUCUUUACACCAGGAAUAUGUUAAAGCACUUGAUCACCAAAAGUCCUCAAGUGAUUUCAUUAAUAAGGAGAUGUUAGAUGUGCACAAAGAUUUCAUGUGUCAGGCAUCUGCACAUGUUUUAAAUACAGAGGACCCUGAGUACCUGCUUAGUAAUUGUCAUUCCCUAGGAGAAAUUCAGGACCAGAGUGUUGAACAAUCACCACCUUUUGUAUGGAGACCUAAUGAUGAUUUGAACUGUGUAGGUCACCCUGCUGCCUUGGAGGGAAACCAAACUUUUGACUUGAAAGAGGAUAAAAUUGAUUGCACUUUUACAGUACAUCAUGCCAUUGAUAAGAGUCCCGCUUUUCAUAGCACUGGUAUGGGAGACAGAAACACCACUCUGUCCAGCUCCAAUAUGUUAUCUUCUCAUUCAGAUAAGAUGCACGUGAAAGAAAAGAUUUAUAAUAGAGAGAGAUUCGAAAACUCCCUAGCAGAGGCCCAGGAUACAACUUACUCAGUAUUUUCUGAUCUGAUGAUGCAAACUGAUGCUGUUCUUCCAGAUAUUGGACAUCAGUGUCAAUAUUCUUCAGGAAAGGACACCAGUGAGUACACAGAUGGCUCCGAGCGAAGACUAGUGGGAGAGCAAGAGAUACAAGCUCUAACGCCAGCUUCUGAUGGUGUGGGUGUUCCCAAUGGGUCUGUAUUACAAGAGUCCUUUUGUGUAUCCAAAGAUGAACCAAAGAGUGAGACACAUUCACAGAGCUCAUAUGGGCAAGAGGAAAUGGGCCAGCAUCUAGGAGAAACACUGCCCAAUUGUCUUAUCGAUGAUGAAUGCCCUGUAUCAGUGCCAGCCUUUGGCAAAAGUGAAGUCGAAGCACUGAGCCCCGAGCAUAAAGUCACUGUGAUUAAAGACAUACAAAUUGCUUACAAUGAGAAGGAUUUGGGAAGCCCACAUGGGACCUUAGAUUUGAGACUAAGCCCAUCUGGACAAAAGGUGGCAUCAUCAUUUGAGAUGUCUUGGAAUGCAAAUGAUACAUUCAUUAGUUCAAAUCACCCAGUUUGCAUGUCAACGCCAGCCCUGGAAGCCUCACAUGCAACGUUUUGCAUUUCACCUAUUGAAGCAAGGGAGAAAUGUAAUCAAGUAGACAAAAGUAAUCAAGACCUUCGGAAUUUAUUAAACUUGAACGAAUCACCUAUAAACAUGUCUAAAAUGAGUCUGGGAAAAUCAGUAACCAAAACGAAUACCCCUGUAGGCAGCAAAGUUAGAAAAACGGAAAUCAUAAGCUACCCAAAACCAAACUUCAAGAAUGUCAAAGCAAAAGUGAUGUCCAGACCAGUGUUGCAGCCCAAAGAUCCUGCUUUAUCAAAGGGCACACCCAGAUCGCAGUUGAGCAAUGCCACAUCUCCCUCCUCAGUGUUUCCUUCGAGACAGUUGACAGCUCUGAGCAAAACGCCGAGACCCGACUUGACUGCAGACACAAAAGCAGAAAUCCUAAUUAACAAGACACAUAAGCAGCAAUUUAAUAAACUCAUUACAAGCCAGGCUCUGCAUGUUACAACUCAUUCUAAAAAUGUUUCACACAAGGUUCCAAGAGCAACAUCUCCUGUGAAAUCAAAUCAGGAAGAUGUUGACAAAGCCAGUUCUUCUCAUUCACCGUGUGAGACUGGGUCUGUCACUGCGUUUUUCCAGAAGAUCAAAGGCAUGCUCCCUGGUAAAAUGGAAAGCCCAGCCUGUUUUGGAGUGACAUACAUGUCUAACAUUGACCGGAUUAGCCCUGAAAAGAAGGGUGAAAAGGGAAAUGGGAUGCCCUUGGAAAAGCAAGAGCUAAAAAGGAGGGAAAUCUUGAACGAGACCUUCGAAUAUGGCUCUCUCUUUUUGGGCUCUGCACCCAAAGCCGCAGCCACCUCAGGUAGGAGUCUAUGCAAACCGGACGCCUCCAGUUCGAAGAAAACACCCAGUCCAAAAGCCAAAGUGGGGCCUUCUGUUUCCUGCCUGAGGCGGAAUAACGACAGUAGAAAUCUCAGUUCUGAUCGAGCCUUGUGUUCUCAGAGGAUCAGGCGUGUCUCCAGUUCUGGAAAACCUACAUCCCUGAAAAGCACAGGAGCGUCCUGGGUGAACGUGUCUAGACCACUUCCUAAGUCUAAAGCGUCUUUGAAAAGCUCGACACCAGGGAGCACAGGAAGCACUUCCUCCGUGGCCAGCACCCACAGUGAGCUGAGUACUUACAGCAGUAAGUCUGGUAAUGCUACUGUCAUCAAGUAUGAGGAAAAAACUCCAAAACCAACAUUGCAAAACGGCUCCUCUGCAUCCUUAUAUUUGAAGCCGUUGGUACCCAGAGCCCACGUGCAUUUAUUAAAAACUACUCCAAAAGGUCCUUCAAGAAAAAAUGUAUUUACAGCUUUUAAUACAGUUGAAAAGGGCAGGCAAAAGAAUCCCAGAAGUCUAUGCACCCAGACACAGACGUCCCCUGAUGUGCUGUCCGCUGAAAAGGCACUUGAAUUGGCUCAAUGUAAAGCAAAAUGUGAAAGCCAACGUGGGUUUAUCCUGCAGCUCAAGCAGCUCCUUUCCUGUGGAAACAUCAAGUUGGAAGCAUUGGCUAUCGUGGUUCAGCACCUGCUGUCUGAGCGGGAGGAAGCGCUGAAACAACACAAAGCCCUAUCUCAAGAACUUGUCAACCUACGGGGAGAGCUAGUCACUGCUUCAACCACCUGUGAGAACUUGGAAAAAGCCAGGAAUGAGAUACAAACCGCGUAUGAAGGGUUUGUACAGAAGCUGAACCAGCAGCACCAGGCUGAUCUAACGGAGCUGGAGACUCGGCUGAAAGAAUUUUACACCGGGGAGUGUGAGAAGCUGCAGCACAUUUACAUCGAAGAAGCAGAGAAGUAUAAGACUCAGUUGCAAGAGCAGUUUGACAAUUUAAACGCUUCCCAUGAAACCUCCAAGUUGGAAAUUGAAGCCAGCCAUUCAGAGAAAGUAGAGUUGCUAAAGAAGGCAUAUGAAGCCUCCCUUUCAGAAAUCAAGAAAAGCCAUGAAUUGGAAAAGAAAUCACUGGAGGAUUUGCAUUGUGAGAAGCAGGAAUCACUGGAGAAGGAGAUCAACCAUCUGAAGAAUGAAAAUGAUACUUUAAAUGAAAAAUUGAAAUCAGAGGAGCAAAAGAGAAUAUCAAGAGAGAAAGCAAACUCGAAAAACCCUCAGAUCAUGUAUCUGGAGCAAGAAUUGGAGAGCUUGAAAGCUGUGCUAGAGAUCAAGAACGAGAAACUGCACCAACAGGACAUCAAACUCAUGAGAAUGGAGAAGCUGGUGGACAACAACACCGCCCUGGUGGACAAACUGCAGCGGUUCCAGCAGGAGAACGAGGAAUUAAAAGCUCGGAUGGACAAGCACAUGGAGAUUUCCAGGCAACUCUCCAGCGAGCAGGCCGUGCUGCAGGAGUCGCUGGAGAAGGAGUCGAAAGUCAACAAGCGGCUGUCCAUGGAGAACGAGGAGCUGCUGUGGAAGCUGCACAACGGGGACCUGUGCAGCCCCAAGAAGUCCCCCAGCUCCGCAGCGGUCCCUUUUCAGUCACCCCGAAAUUCUGGCUCCUUCCCCAGUCCCAACGUCUCACCCAGAUGACGCUUCCUGGAAGCCGAGAGACUGCCCGGAAGCUGCUUGAUUCGGGUCUGCAGGACUGACCCUCGUGACGGUCGCGGGAGCAAGGGAGACAGUGGCUUCCGUGCGCCCGUCGCAGUCUAACUGGAAAGCAACCUCCACCGGACGGGCUGCUUCGGAGACUGGGACUCAGUGCCCCUCCUGGCUCCGUCCCGAAGGCUCCCGGGAGAGCGUCUCGGCACGCGCCCCCGUGGACGUUGUUGCACAAAGCACUUACGGAUCGGACGAGUCUUGUUCUCUGCCUUUUUCACCUGCGCAUACGGGAAAAACUCUCAGGGGCUCAUUCAGAUAAAGAUUUAUAACCUCUGUAAUGUUCUUCACCACAGACACCUUCUUGUGAUUUUUAUCUCCGUCUGACUGAGGAUGCGUGAAUGAAGUGGAUGUACUCGGGUGCCGGGUCUGAUGCUGCCUUCGUUGCUGGGUCGGGAAGUCAAACGCUGACGAUGUCCGGACGGGUCCUAAUCAAGUCACAGCGUCCACCUUUCAGCCAAAGCCAUAGAAGAAGGAGCAAUCGCUGCUCACAUCACGAUGAUCACAACGCCACUCAGCCCUUCCUUGGCGACAGGAGAAGCUUUGACAGGGCUGUGCAUUCCCUGCUGUCUGUGUGGAGUCACUCUGUUGACUGGUUUUCAAUGUUCAGUUGAAACUCGCUAGGUUUCCUUUGGUAGAUUUGUAACUUACCCACGGGAGCCUAGCACCACACACACUCUGACCCAUUUUCUCAGGCUGUAAGCAGAUGCAGAACCGAAUUUUUCUAAAAAACCUGUAUAAAGUAAAAGGGCAGUCCUAAAGAAUUGGGGCUGCCUUAUUUUCCCCCCAUCAAAGCUCUCCUUGCAGACUGGAACCUUUGUCUUCUCUCCCUUUCUCCCCAGUCAACAGUCACCCCCUCCCCUCUCCCAGACCCGCCCAGAGCCACAACAGCCGACCUUCUACCUCCUCCCUACUUUCCUCUAGGACAAGGACAGGGAAUAUGCUUCUCCAGGGCCAGCUCAGUUUUCAAGGUGCUGGAGCAACUUCCCAAUAAACUAAGGCCUGGAUUUGAGACUACAAAUUGGAAACUCUUAAGGGGGAGGGGGGAGAAACUCAUUAGAUAGCAGAACUUAAGCAAGCUAGGAUGAAAUGCCUGUCAGUGACCAGGGCACCUUAAUGAAACAAACCAUCGAUGUCCUUGACUACAACAAAGCCACCUGGAAGACCCUAAGAUUCCUGGCACCCUUAGGCCAUCUCUCCGUCCUUGGGGAGGGAGCAGAGUGGCCGGCUGAUGAGUGGGAAAUGCAGCUCGUCCAACUGUCCUUUAAACUACACUUCAGUUUCUCACCAAAUUUCAUAUAUAGCCCCCACCUCACCCACCCAGUUCUAAAACCCUGCGGAAGGCAGAGGAGCUGUGGCUGCCCGCCCCCCCAUGUGUCACCUUGUAAUGUCAGUGUUUACUCACCCACGUGGCUGGCUCUGCAAAUAAUCCCCACCCAAAGAACCCCCGAGGACACUAGAGGCAGAUACCUGAGUCAUCAGUGUGUGUACACUACAUAGUGAAUUGAUACUCACGAUGCACGUUAUUGUUUUUUUUUAGUUAGUGAUGGUGUCUGAAGUUUUAACCUCCGGUAGUUUAUCAUGUUCACUUCUGACCAAUUAGAAUGUAGGUUCACUAGCACCUCCUAGCCACCUCCUAGCAUAUCUCUGCUCACCCUUCAAGCUGAUGUCAACGUCACUAGCCAAAGUCAGGUCUGCCACUCAUCCCCUGCGCAUGGUGAGUCUCGUGUUGUUCUCUACUGUCCUCCGUCAUUAUGUAGGUGUCCGGGAAAACAAAUCUUAAAGCAGCGACUACAAAACGUCUUCAGGGGAUGGAAGACAACAGGAGAGAAGAUAGGAAACAAAAUAGAGAACUUUACGAUUUUUUUUCAAACCAAAUGUUUCUUGGAUGAAAACUGUCACGUCAUAAAAAAAAUGGUUGUGUAAUCAACUUAGUUGUACUCGGUUUGUAGUGAUGGAAAGUGUAUUUUACUCUGAUCAAAUAAAUAAUGCUGGAAUAUUCGAUUUAA